AUGUCUCCGGUCGACUCAGGAGAAACCAUUGAAGCGAGGCGGCACAGGCUGUCGUCGCUUCCACGCGCGGUCCGCUGCGACCGCACCGUACCAUGUGCAAACUGCCGAGUAGCGAAAAUUACGUGCCGGCAGCCGAAUGACAAGCCCAGUCGACAGAGGCAAGCGGAUCGGGUUGCUAAUCAGCAAAGUCUCGUGGAGCGCCUCGAGAGGCGCCUUGAAGAAGUUGAAUCCAGGCUCGCCACUGUUGAGCAGUCGCCACCAGCCUCUGCAACGGUUGCUCCUGCCCUAGAUUCGCGAACAGCCACCGAGCGUGCGCGCUCUGCCUGUCAAGACGAUGACUCUGCUAUAACUGGCGUGUUGCUUGAGAGGCUGCAGACUAAUAUUCGCUCCUCGGACGGUCUAUCGAAAUCCAACUUUUUCUUUCGCAAGUCCACUGCACACUCCGUGCCAGCUCCGCAACCUCUUCCUGCUACCUUGGUAACAUGUAUUCUGCGACGGAUACGUGCCCGUCGUCCUAUAAUUCUCUGCUCUUAUGCUAUCGGCGAUGUGUCAAUUGUUGAGAGCCUGUGUCAAAGGGUGUACUCGACCUCUGAGCUGGCAUCCCCCGGCGAAAUCGCCAGCAUGCACGGAACACUGUACUUCGUCCUGAAAGAGCUUAUUGAAUUCAAGGACCCCCUAUGUGAGAAGUUUGAUUUAUCUACGUAUUUAGAUCACUGCGAGCACAACUUUGCGGCUGCCGUAGAAACAUACGAGGUCCUUACUAUCCCGAGCUUUGAGAACAUUCUUGCAAUAGGUAUGGGUAUGAUCAAGUCCCAGGGCGAGGGAAAGCCCUAUUUGUACUGGAAGCUUGUUUCCGCUGCUGUGACUCACUGUCAAUCACUUGGAUAUCAUCGCCAAUCAACGUAUCGAGAUAUGCCGCCCCAGGAAGCGGAAAAUAUUCGACGGCUGUUCUGGACAUUGUACACGUUCGAUAAAAAUAUGUCGCUGGUUUUAGGCCGCUCCUCAUUUGCCCAAUACCUCGAUAUUGACGUACAGUAUCCUGCUGUUUCUACCGAUCCAGCCCUUCGUGCGUGGGAUGAGUCGUUCAUCAUGGGAAUCCGCUUAGCGGACCUCCAGGGCCGUGUCUUCACUAAUCUUUACUUCUCGGGAACUAUGGUCAGGGAUACUCCGGCGCGAAAGCAGCUCAUCAGUGACCUUGCGGUCGCAAUGGACUCGUGGCAUGCCGAGCUGCAGCAGAUCAAUCCAGACGGAGUCAAUGGAGCAGAAGUAUUCUCUCUCUCAAGAGGAAACUGGGAGAUACUUUUUUAUUCAACACAGACCCUACUAUUUCACGCAUCCUCCACAAUAGGUGGUGAAGCGCAAAUUAGCCCAAAGUCUUUCACCGCAGCGCGGAACAGUCUUUGUGCCCACCUUGACGUCUUUCCGCGGUACCAGGAAGCGCAGCUCCUCUCGGAUAGCGAUUAUUGCAAUUGGAUCCUGCUGUCCUCCUCCUUGGUCCCAUUUAUCGUCACAUUCCUGUACGCCAUCGCAGCGAAAGACCCUAACAGCACAGUCCUUCUCGAAGAUGUCCUCUCCACCCUAAAAAGCUUCCGCUCAUUCUCCCGUGGCUCCGAAAACCUCUACCAGAUAUGCUCCACGUUUACACAGGUUGCCAGGAAGCUCGUACAGUCCCAGCAGUGGCUCCCUACAACUGGAGGGGUGUACACUCAGCAACAGCAACAGGGCCCCCUCCCCAUCCUAGAUAUCUCGCAAAACCCCUCGCUCUUCGAGCCGGGUUUCUUUCAGGAUGCACUAUUUGACGGGUCGUCGGCAGCCAAUUUAGGCGGUUUUGAUGGUCUUGAUCCCACGUAUACGUCGGAUAUCCUGAAUGGCUGGCUCAGUGGGCCGCCCUUUCCAUGGGAUAAGCUGGAUGUGGAUUUUGGAAAUUGUUCACGAUAG